CCUACAAUCCUCGUCCCUAUGCUUCCUCGCCCUUUCAUCGCCGCUAGUCACUAUUUCUUUCACCCUAUGAAAGAUCCUUUACACAGCCAUUCCGUCCUCAUUCAUGGUCCUUGCUCUGUGAGGGUGGUGGUGGAUGCUGCAGUUUUUCAGCGAUCCACCUCGAGUUGUUGUAGAGAAGUACGGGUCGGUCAAUUGCUAGCUGGAAGGGGUGCACGGAUUUGUGCUUGAGGUUGAAAAGGAGUGCAGAAUGAAACACUCCCAACCGCGGGUCGUGGCGGGCGUUGUCGGGGGAGUAGCGCUGCUAUGGCUUUUGAUGUUUUCACUGGACGGAAUUACUGGCAAAUCUUUGUCCGCUUGGAUGGCAAACUGCGUCAAGUCAUGGGCUGGAGGAGCAGCACCUAGCUUGGCGUCCAGCUGGUUUGUGACGACAUUAGAUCCGAGAUCUCGACCUGUUAUGACACGCAUCAACGAGUAUAAGGAUAUGCAGGUGGAAACGAAAGUACUGUCAAAGCAGCCGCACGAAUACUUGAAGCUUAGUGAUCUACCCAAGGCCUGGGAUUGGCGUAACGUUAAUGGUACGAGCUACGCAACUCGCGAUCUGAACCAGCACAUUCCAGUCUAUUGCGGAUCUUGCUGGGCGCACGCCGCAUUGAGUUCUUUGGCGGACCGUCACAAAAUGCUUCGCAAGGCCCAAUGGCCUGAUAUCCAGUACUCUGUGCAAGUAAUCUUGAACUGCGCUACCGAUAUUGCUGGAAGCUGCCACGGCGGUGAUCCUCUGGGAGUGUUCAAAUUCAUGCAUGAGCAUGGCCUGCCUGAAGAAACUUGCCAGCUAUAUCGGGCUAGGGAUGACGAAUGCACACCUAUCAAUGUCUGUCGCAACUGCGUACCACCAGUUGGGAACAUUGAGAGUUGCACUGCUAUUUCUGACUACCCAAUCCAUUUUGUCGGCGAAUAUGGAAAAGUUUCCGGGGAACUUAACAUGAUGGCGGAGAUUUAUGAGAGGGGUCCGAUUGCAUGUUCAAUCGAUUCAACACUACUCCAUUCCUACACUGGUGGUAUUCUUGUAAACACGGAUCCUGCACAUCACGACCACGUAGUCAGCGUUUCUGGAUGGGGAGAAGAGAACGGCCUCAAGUACUGGAUCAUUCGCAAUUCUUGGGGAACGUAUUGGGGUGAAAGUGGAUGGUUCCGCUUGAUAAGAGGUGUUGACUCGUUGAAUAUCGAGGAGAAUUGCGCGUGGGGUGUACCAAAGGAUGCAGGCUAGUGCUGGUCCGCACAAGGAACAAUCAAAUGCUGAAAGUAUGUCGAUGAGAAGUUCCUAAUGCAAUGAAUAAGCCGGCAAUCAAAUGUUUAGCAAGCAAUUAAGUUGGACUCGAUGUGUGCACAAUUGUGUAUGAUGUACCGUGCUAGUUGACAUAGUUAUGUCCAUCAAACCGCCUAUGAUGGUACCCGCACCUUGACUACGUUUGAUUCUACGUCAUAUGACCGCCUACCACUUCGGAGAAAGCGUGAAGGAAAUUGCCCGGAUAACGUGAGGCAAUCAACUUAUCAGAAUUAUGAGACCAUGGUUAGAGCGAAAGCAAGAUGAUCUUAAAGAGUCUUACAUACUGAUUUGGCAGCGAAGUUGUAAACUACAUAUUCAGUUCCUAGUGACACUCGACCAUUUGUAGUGGAGGUCCGCUUUGGUCGAGAUUACCUUAUGUCAUGUUGACUAUUUCAAUAGAUUGCCCCAUGCGAUUACCUUACAUUCCCACCAAAAUAUAUUGCCAUUAUUUUCUGC